ACACUUGGAUGGGACUUAAUCUUAAAUCUUUGGAGUUCAAGACCUUUUAAAAAGUACUAAAUAAGCAAUCUCUACAUGUAAAAGGCCACUGACUCCUACUUCCUCUGUUGAGAGCAACUCUUGAAGUCAGCUGCCUGUAGGACGUGAUUCUCAUUCACCAGACUCAGCAAAAGGUUUUAGAAGCGUUCGACCAAACCUACAAGAAAAAAAAUCACCUGUUCAGGCACCCCUUCCACCACCCAGGAAAGAGAGUUUUUGUAACUCCUUGAUAACCAGUCACACAAAUGGUGACAUUUUAGACCCAUUAAUAGCUAACACAGAAACACCCUCCCCUCCAGAGUGCUUUACUAACCAAAAGCCUUUACAGAAAACUAUGUAUUCUAAUGAAGAUCCCAGCCAGACAAUUGUAUAUUCUGAAGAGUCUAACAGAACUGUUUCAUAUACACAAAAAAUCACUAAUUCUCUACCAGCAGCUGCCAGCACAGGUCUCCCACCAUAUGCUGACAUCAGUACCCCUUUUCUACAAGAGGACUACAUGCAAGAUUCUCAAACUCGGAGAAUUUCUACUUUAAAACUAACCCAUAGCCAGGAUCUAGCAGCUAGCAACCCCUUUAAUACAUCACAGCUUUCAAAAUCUGCUGAAGUAUCAUCAUUUGCGAAAAAACCUUUCUCACCACCCCCUAACACGGUGCCUGAGACACACACGGCCUCUCUUUCCAUUCAGAUAGCUCCCCUUUCAGGACACCAUCCUGAAAGCCACAAACAGCUACCUGAGCUUUCUCCAGAGACUACAAAGAUACCUCUUCAGCAAGAGAGACAAAAAUCUUCAGUUGCUGUGGCCUCUCAGUCCUCCGACAGCCGGGUGAGCCAGAUAACGGUGAAUGGAAACUCUGGUGGUACUGUGAGUCCAAUGAAUUACUACCAAAGGCCGUUUUCCCCUUCAGCUUACUCUCUACCUGGCUCAUUCAGUUCCAGCAUUACCAUGCAGCAUGGUCGAUCGCUUGAUUCCACAGAUCUGUAUCCCCAGCAUGCACAGUCUCUGGACGGCACCACAGGCAGCUCCAUACCGCUGUACAGAUCCUCAGAGGAAGAGAAGAGAGUGACAGUUAUCAAAGCCCCCCACUACCCAGGGAUUGGGCCUGUGGAUGAAUCCGGAAUCCCCACAGCAAUUAGGACGACAGUUGACAGACCGAAGGACUGGUACAAGACAAUGUUUAAGCAAAUUCACAUGGUACACAAGCCUGAUGAUGACACAGACAUGUAUAAUACUCCUUAUACAUAUAAUGCAGGCCUGUACAACCCACCAUACAGUGCUCAGUCACACCCUGCGGCAAAGACCCAGACCUAUAGACCUCUCUCCAAAAGCCACUCCGACAAUGGAACUGAUGCCUUUAAGGACGUAUCUUCCCCUGUGCCUCCCCCACAUGUUCCGCCUCCAGUCCCACCACUUCGACCAAGAGAUCGGUCUUCGACAGAAAAGCAUGAUUGGGAUCCUCCAGACAGAAAAGUGGACACAAGAAAAUUUCGUUCUGAGCCAAGGAGUAUCUUUGAAUAUGAACCAGGGAAGUCAUCCAUUCUUCAACACGAAAGACCACCCCCUCUCCCAACAACUCCGACACCUGUUCCAAGGGAGCCCGGCAGGAAGCCUAUUUCCAUUUCAACACACCAAGAAGUAACUCGUAGCCCCUCCCCUCCGCCCAGGAGUGUCAUCCCCACACCAAGCUUGUGCACCCCAGCUCUCUCUCCCAUCCGGCCGCCUAAAAAGGCUCUGGAUUAUGUUCAAGAUCAUUCUUCUGGUGUUUCUAAUGAGGCCUCCUUGUAUCAGUCCUCUAUCGACAGAAGCCUGGAGAGACCCAUGAGUUCUGCAAGUAUGGCCAGUGACUUUAGGAAAAGGAGGAAGAGCGAGCCUGCAGUGGGUCAGCCCAGGGGCUUGGGAGAUAACAGUGCAAGCAGGACCAGCCCAGGUCGAGCAGACCUCCCAGGCUCCAGCACCACCCUUACAAAGUCUUUCAUUAGCUCUUCUCCUUCUUCCCCAUCAAGAGCAAAAGACCGUGAGUCCCCUAGAGGUUACUCAUCAACGUUGACUGACUUGGGGAGAAGUGCAUCAAGGGAAAGAAGAGGAACUCCAGAAAAAGAGAAAUUGCCUGCAAAAGCUGUUUAUGAUUUCAAGGCUCAGACAUCUAAGGAGUUGUCGUUCAAGAAAGGAGAUACAGUCUAUAUCCUCAGGAAAAUUGAUCAGAAUUGGUAUGAAGGAGAGCACCAUGGAAGAGUUGGCAUUUUUCCUAUCUCAUACGUAGAGAAACUCAUACCUCCUGAGAAAGCACAGCCUGCGAGACCCCCUCCUCCAGCCCAGCCUGGAGAGAUCGGAGAAGCUAUAGCCAAAUACAAUUUCAAUGCAGACACAAAUGUGGAGCUAUCUCUGAGAAAGGGAGAUAGAGUUAUUCUUCUUAAAAGAGUUGAUCAGAACUGGUAUGAAGGUAAAGUUCCAGGAACCAACAGACAAGGCAUCUUCCCUGUUUCCUAUGUAGAAGUCAUCAAGAAGAAUACAAAAGGUGCUGAUGACUAUCCUGACCCUCCAAUACCCCACAGCUAUUCUAGUGAUAGAAUUCACAGCUUAAGUUCAAAUAAGCCACAGCGUCCUGUGUUUACCCAUGAAAACAUUCAAGGUGGGGGGGAACCGUUUCAGGCUCUGUAUAACUAUACUCCUAGGAAUGAAGAUGAGCUGGAGCUCAGAGAGAGUGAUGUCAUUGAUGUGAUGGAAAAGUGUGAUGAUGGAUGGUUUGUGGGAACCUCCAGAAGAACCAAAUUCUUUGGUACUUUUCCCGGAAACUAUGUCAAGAGGUUGUGAAUCGCUCUCCGUCCUUAUUUAUGCCGCAUUUCAGCAACACAUCUGUAUAAACUUGCCUGAAACAUCCCCGCAGGCCAUCCAUUGUCAUGCCUUAUGGUUUCCAAUAGGAGUCACCCACCAUCACCAUCCCCACCUGCCACCAAACCACCAGCAGAGUAACUGCCGCUGCCGAGCCUUGGGGAAACAUGGCAGAAUUGCUUCCGCAUCAAAGUACAUACUUCUGCUUUCUGCUUGAAACUUUUAGAAGUUGAUAGGUGGAAUUACAAAGAAAAAUAUUAUACUUGAAAAGGGUAACAUAUUUAAAGAAAAAAAAAAAGUCUCAAGGAAGCUCUUCUGGUAUUCUAAUAAAAUAUUUUGGAAGAUGUCCUCCCCUCAGGCACCCAGAAGAUUUUUCUGUUAUUAAAUGCUGUGGUUUGCAUUCCCACAUUCUUAGCUUGGCAAUAUAUUUUCUUUUCACAAGUUUGCCUAGUGUCCUGGUUUACACGAUAUGACAAUUGUACUUCAGCUAUUGUUUGCCUGCACUUAUAUAUUGUAAUAUGCACAGUGAUUAUAAAAUCUAAUGUAAGAGUAGGAACCUUAAUUCGGAUGAGUGUGAUUUUGUUGAUUGAAUGUGAGUUUUCAAAUAGGAGUCUUUUCCUGCAAUUUUUUUGUACUUUUUAAAAGUGCAAACAGUAAGUGAAUAAGAGCCUUUGAUAGUAAUAAUGAUAAUACAAAAGGUUUAGCUGGAUUACAAAAAAAAAACUAUUGUGUUGUAAAAGUUGCAUUGCUAUUUUAUAUUAAAAUGUAAUAAUCAGCAUCAUGAACAAUGAGCUCUUAGUGUUUUAUUUAUCUGAUAAAAUUUAAAUAAAAGCAGUGUUAGUGAGAGGGACAAAGAAUUACUCUAACAUAGACACUUGAAAGUCAGCAAUAUUCAUAGGUUAGAUUUCACUGUGUGUACACAUAUACAUUUGAGAUUGUAUGCAAUCAUACAAUGCGUAUGAUAUGUUGUACAUUGUAAGGAAAUGUAGAAGAAUCUCACAUUAUUUUAUAGAAAUAGAGUACUUUGAAAGCAUCAUAAGUAUUAAGGAUGGUUUUAGCAAGGAUUAUGAUCAAUACAACUAUUUUUACUAUGAUAAUUAUUUUUCUUCUAUGGAACUCAGAAUCCUGGCUACAACUUAGGGCAGGAAUAUGUUGAGCCUGAUUUUCUUGGUAUGUGGUGUAAAAUAUUUCCUAGGAAUAAAUUAGGCACUUUCUAGGAAUGAUAUUAAAUCAUUCGGGUUAUAUUUUAUGUCCUGAAGCAGAAAUUUAUGAACUGACAUUGGGACUGGAAAGAUUUAAUAUGGUUAACAGUGCCUGAACUACACAUACUCCAAGAACUAGCUUUGUAUUUCUUAUGACUUUGCAUAAGGACUCUUCAUAUUUGGAUCUUGAGCACCUUAUAGAUAAAAUUUUUAUGGCAUUUCUUCCGUGGGCAGUGAUUGAUCUUUUCACAAUGUACGUAGACUCUAGAAUUGUGUAUAUAUGUUUGCUCUUUUUUUGUACAGACUAUUUAGUUGUUGAGAAAACAGAGGGGAGAAGGAGAUUUCCUAAUUGGGUCCUUAUCCUGCACUUGAACUAAGCUAAAACACUUUCAGCUGAUUUUCCUUUACAUAUUCCACAGAUCACAAGCACGCCUUGACAGUGUGAUCCAGUAAGAUAGCAUUACGCAGAAGUUUCUGAACUUAGACGUUAGCGCCCAAUGUGAAAUGUACAUAGAUAGUGAUUACAGAGGAGUUUCAUUAGAAAGAAAAUAAAGAAACAUCUUUGAGUAGCCUACUUUGAUUACUGUCAAGUUCACGAAGAGCUUUAUAUUUUAAAGGCUUUGGGUUUGAAAUUAGGUCAACUGCAUGCGGCUUUGCUGAAAAUGAAUUAACUAUCUUUGAUGCCAUUUAUGAGAAAAAAAACUUCAAUAUCUGUUGCCUGUCAUAUUUAAGAUAAAAUUGAUGUUUCUACUCUCUGUAUCUGAUUUUGAAAGGAAAACUAUUCAUCCUGACUCUCUGGUAAUUGACUUUGGAUUCUUACAAGCAAAGGUCAUUGUGUUUUUUCUUGGACAGACAUCUAAUAAAUUUUGCUCGGAAGUAUACUUGUUUUUCUUCUUCAUAUUUAUCCUUAAGUUAAUUGUGUCUUUUAUCCCAACUUGUUGGAUUAACUAACAGAAAA